AACAACAUCUGGUUCAAUUUUUAAAUCAUCUGCAGAGAGAAGAUCGAGGAGGGACCGCCAGGAUGGAGGACUAAUACCCAACAUUUAUCACUUAAUAUUUAACUUCCGGUCGCCCGCGCCCCCUGACGCACGUGGUGUGGAGUCUGAGCUGGAUCUCAGAACCAGAAGGAGCAGAGAGAAGGCGGCCAGGCUGCAGUAGAGAAGAAGAAGCAGAGCUGCAGGUGUCAGCAUGGUGGGGAAGGUCAAACAUGUCCGCCAUAAGCUCCACCAGCAGGCGGUGAAGCUCCACAGCCUCCCUCAGCCCGGCGGGACCGAGCUGACCGCCAGCCCGCUGCAGACCGCCAGCCCGCUACAGACCGCCAGCCCGCUGCAGACCGCCAGCCCGCAACAGACCUCCAGGGAGGAGGGACAGAGCUCCUUUCCUUCUGGGGUAUUUGCAGCCACCAAGAUCCCCGCAGCGUCUCUGGUCCAGACACUCAGCCUUGAGGAACCCCCCCAGGUCCAGCCAACCAACACCGGUUCCGAGCGGAGGAGACCCAAGCCAAAGAAGGAGAAGAUGAAGGAGAGGAGGGAGCGCUGGCUCAGCAAGAUCGGCUCCAUCAGACGGGCCCAGGAGCAGGAGGCGGCAGCGGCCCGGCGCCAGGCCACCCCAGUGGUGGGGGACCUGAGGCCCCUGGCGGACGCCUUGCCGGAGCUCUGCCAGCUCAUCGGGUCCCCGGCGACACUAGGCUCCCGCCGUAAGACCAGGAAGAACCAGAGGCCGAUGAGGAGGCCGGCGCCAACAGACUUCAGUCAGAUGAAACGGUCCCAGAAGCGUAAAGUUCUGGAGACGGAGAUCAGCCGCUUCAGCGACGCCAUCAGAACGCUGUCCAGCAAACAGAACCCGCUGGCGGACAUCGGGGAGCAGCUGAGGAAGAGGAUGAGGCAGGAGGAAGAGCAGGGGGGGAGCGGCACUGGAACCGGACCGGACCUGAAGGAUCCAAUCUGAUUCCCAGUACUUUGAAUAAAUGACCCAAAGACCACUUCUCCUC